AUGGGUCGCAGAAAAAUCGAGAUCAAGGCCAUCAAGGAUGAUCGCAAUCGCUCAGUUACGUUUCUGAAGCGCAAAGGCGGUCUCUUCAAAAAGGCCCACGAGCUCUCUGUUCUCUGCUCUGUCGACGUCGCAGUCUUCAUCUUUGGCAACAACAAGAAGCUCUAUGAGUACUCCUCUGCUGACAUGCACGAUCUCAUUACUCGUCACCAAUUUCAUGGCGGUCCCAACGAACACAAAGGUCCAAACGACUUUGCUGGCGGAGACGAUGGAGACGACGACGACGACCCCGACGCAACACCUCCCCGAGGUCACGAAGAGGCCCAGAUGAUGCCUCCCCAAUUUCACCCUCAACAUGCCCAUUUCCCGCCGCAAAUACGUCACCACACUCCUACAGCUUCUCCCCCAGUUUCCAAUGGCGCGCCUUUCCCAGGUCAUCACACUCAUCAGCUUCCUCCCCGCGGUCACUCGCCACAUCCGCCCAUGGGACGCCCCGAUUCGAGAAACGAUGGCCGUCGCAUACCCUCGACCAUGGUUCCUCCGCCCGCUCCUGGCAAUCAUCCCGGCUCCCAUCAUGGCAUCACAUACAUACCCGCGCCUCCCAUUUACAAUGGUCCUGCUGCUCCCUCGCAGCCCAUGAUGCAUGCUCACGGUGCCCAGUAUUAUCCUCAGCAGCAACAGCAUGCCCAUCAACCACCGCCUCCCCAAGCCUAUGCCGACGAUCGUCGCCCGCCUCAACCGCAUCCGCAGCAGCCUCAACCUGGAUACGCGCCUCAACCACCACAGCAGCCUCAACCCGGAUACACGUCUCAACCGCCACCUCAGCAGCCUCAACCCGGAUACGCCUCUCAACCACCGCCUCAGCCCAUGUCUAUGCCACCACGUCCCGACAUUCAGCAGCCCACGGCCAUGCCACACCCACCUCUGCCGCCAGAUCGUCGUUCCAUGGAUCUCCAACCACCGUCCUUUAGAGAUGCAGCUCCCGACAUUGACGCCCGCCACCCGCCUCUACUCAACACAGAUGCCGCUAUCAAGAAGCUUCCUGCACGGAGAUCGCACAGUAUUUUUACGCCCGUAGAAGAGAACCGAUCUAUUUUGGGGCAACAUUCCAGAUUGUUCAGCACUGACGAAUCGACCAUCAAAGAAGAGCCUUCCAGCCGUUCUCAGUCCGUUGAUGCUGGCGCCCCAUCACGGACGUCGCCUCCACUACCACGCUCGCAUAGCUCCAUGGACAAAUCACGAAACGUUUCACUACCCGACGCCGCCUUUGCGCCGCCGUCUCGAACGAACAGCAUCACCGCGGGUCCGUUGUCCGCCAGACCGCGCGGUCCCAAGCUCACCGUGCAGAUCCCGGAUGGAGGCUCCGAGCAAAGUGGAAGUGCUGUCACUGGAGAAUCCAGCUCGCCACGCAAUCCUGCAGAUACUCCGACGCACACGCAAAGGCGGCAUGGCUCCAUCGUGUUACCACCGCCCUCCCCAUCUGCUUCCGCGCUGUUGUCUGCAGGAGCUACCGGGCCGCCGAACCCAUUCGCGAGACCGCCGGUCAAUCCCCAAGGAAUAGGCAACACUGGAAUGGGCAACACUGGAAUAGGCAACAGCAAUCCCAACAAGAACGAAACACCGCAAUCUGCGCUGCCAUCGAGGUACCUCAACGGGGAAUUCUUGCCCAGCCCGAGCAGCUUCUAUCCCGAAUGGAAUUACAAGGCUAGCGACAGCAAUACGCUUCCCAGCCCGCUCAAUUUUUCGACACCCGUCGUGGGAUCCGGCCCCAGCUUCUUGACCCAGGAUCAGAGCCAGAUGGCCGCAUCAUCGGCCCCGAUGAUGGCAUCGUCCGCAACGGCGACAGCUGGUGCGCUUGACAGCCUCAAGUCGCGAGAACCGUUGAAGCGAAAGAGCGAAGGUUCGGCGACGUCGAGUGCAAGCAGCAACGGGCCCGCAGCAGAGCCCAAACGAGUCAAAGUUGAAUAA